CAAAUACUCAUAAUGUAUCAACUUCCCACUUCUACUGAGUUAACUUUUUUUCCGGCAGAAUUCCCGGUGUAUUGCCGGAGUUCAAGUUUCAGUAGUCUCAUGCCAUGUUUAACCGAAUCAUGGGGUGACUUGCCGUUAAAAGUUAACGAUUCCGAAGAUAUGGUAAUUUAUGGGUUUCUACAAGACGCUUUUAGUAUCGGAUGGACGCCGUCAAAUUUAACGUCCGAGGAAGUGAAACUCGAGCCGAGGGAGGAGAUUGAGCCAGCUAUGAGUACUUCUGUUUCUCCGCCGACAGUGGCUCCAGCGGCUUUGCAGCCUAAAGGAAGGCAUUACAGGGGCGUUAGACAAAGGCCAUGGGGAAAAUUUGCAGCGGAAAUAAGAGAUCCGGCUAAAAACGGCGCACGGGUUUGGCUUGGAACUUACGAGUCGGCUGAGGAAGCCGCACUCGCUUAUGAUAAAGCCGCUUUUAGGAUGCGCGGUACUAAGGCUCUAUUGAAUUUCCCGCAUAGAAUUGGUUUAAAUGAGCCGGAGCCGGUUAGAGUGACGGUUAAGAGACGAUUAUCUGAAUCGGCUAGUUCAUCGGUAUCAUCAGCUUCGGAAAGUGGCUCGCCUAAGAGGAGGAGAAAGGGUGUAGCGGCUAAGCAAGCCGAAUUAGAAGUUGAGAGCCGGGGACCAAAUGUUAUGAAAGUUGGUUGCCAAAUGGAACAAUUUCCAGUUGGCGAGCAGCUAUUGGUUAGUUAAAAUAUGGAGCUAAGAACUCAAUGGCUAGGGCUUGUUUGGCUUUGAAGUGGACAGAAAAUAGCAAAUCAUUCCACUAGGUGAGAAGUGGACCAAAGAGGCCAUUUGGAUUAUGUGUAUCUAACGUGUAAAGUGCACUUUUUAGUUUGUGCUUUUAUGAAAAAAAACACACAUUUUCAUA